AUGACACCUCUUGUCGACGGCCAUGCUGUUUUUCUCCAACCGGAGGCCGCCUGUCUCAUUGAAGUGCACGACAAGGCAACCCAGACAGCCGAGGACACGGAAGAUGACACCUUGCGAGCAAGACUAAUCAGUCGCGUUGGUCGGGCACUACUCAGGCGUUACGCGCAGCAUGCUCCCAAUGUCGUAAAUGGCAACGGCAGCGGUGUUGGGGGCAGUGGGUGCGCUUACUGGGGCGGGGGGAGUAACAGCGUGAUCCCCGAUAGGCCGCCCAAUCCCUGUCAAACCUGCCAGCAUGGAUGGAGGCCCUGGCAGACUGAGCGUAAUCAUGUGAAUGAACUUCUUCAGCGCAUCGGUGAGAACAGUUCAAAGGCGACUGCGGCUGCGGCAGCUGUACAUGGCUCCGCCAGCGCUGGUUUGCGGCCUCCUUAUGAAUCGAACUGGCUUGGUCAUGCUCGUAACCCAUUCACCUUCUUCACUUGA